GUGACUGUCUGUCUCUCUCAGGUGGUAACUGUCUGUCUCUCUCUCAGGAAGCGACUGUCUGUGAGUCUUUGGAGGGAAAUGAAAGACCCGAACCUGAUCAACAUGACGAUCAGUAACCAGGUGAUCCUGCAGAGUCUGGAGCAGGAAGACAAUCCCUUCGCUGAGUACAUGUGGAUGGAGAACGAGGAGGAGUUCAACAGGCAGGUGGAGGAGGAGCUGUGGGAGGAGGAGUUCAUUGAGCGCUGCUUCCAGGAGAUGUGGGAGGAGGAGCAGUGGGAAUGGUUCAUCCCGUCCAGAGAUCUCCCGUCUCUGCAGGAGCAGCUCGGCAUGCUGGGACUCGACGCCGACGCCGACUUCGACGUCGUGAUUAACAGCAGUCUGAACCCCAACGCCAAGGAGUUCACUCCGGGCAUCCAGGAGCACGUCAUGUGACCCCACGGCCAGGAGCACGUCAUGUGACCCCACGGCCAGGAGCACGUCAUGUGACCCCACGGCCGCCGCCGCCGCCUCAGUCCGCACUGUGACAUCAUCAACAAGAUGUCUGCCGUAUUUUCCAGACGCCGCUCAACCUUCAAGUCUGACGUGUUGCCAAAGUUCUGCUGAGUGUUUUCUGCAUGUUCUCCUGCCAGCCACCGACUGUGUGUGUGUGUGUGUGUGUGUGUGUGUGUGUGUGUGUGUGAGACUCUGAAUGUAAAUCAGCUGACUCGUCUUUUUAUUUUUUGCACUUUUAUUUCACAAACUGAGUCCGUUUCUGCUCGUUCAGCACUUUUUCCAGCCUCAUCGAUUGAUUGAUUGGUUGAUUGGUUGAUUGAUUGAUUGGUUGAUUGAUUGAUUGAUUGAUUGAUUGGUUGAUUGAUUGAUUGAUUGAUUGAUUGAUUGGUUGAUUGAUUGAUUGGUUCUCCAGCCGGUGGUUCGCUGGUCGUGUUAGUUUUUAGAGCUGCUCGUGUUCGGGUCUUUUUUCCCAGCAUCCUUUGUGUUUGUGUCAUUAACUGAAGUGUUUUUCUAAAUGCACAUAAAGUACUGUAUAAAAAGUCAUAUAAAGAAAAAAGUUGUAAAAAAAAAAAAUCUAUUUUUUCUUAAAA